AUGUCCUCAUCAUGGUUUACCAGAUUGGCUAGAGUCCAAACAUUUUAUAAUGGUCUCACCUAUCCAACAAAGACGCAUGUAGAUGCGGCAGCGGGAGGAGCAUUGAUGGGAAAGACAGCUGAGGAAACUCAACAAUUGAUCGAAGAAAUGGCUGCUAACAACUAUCAAUGGGCAAACGAACGAGGUAAUACAAGGAGAACCGCAAGUAUGCUAGAAGUAGAUACCUUGAAUAUGUUAAGUGCAAAAAUGGAUAAUGUGGUUAAGAUGCUUAAUAGGCACAUUGGUUCUAGCUCUAAUCAAGGAGUAGUUGUUGCAUGUUGUGCUACUUGCGGUGGAGAUCAUGAUGAUUCUAUGUGUUCUAGCAGCGAACAGAUUCAAUAUCUUACAACCGAUCAAGGGAACCAACAAAGACCAGUUAAUCCACCGGAUUUUCAACCGAAGCAAUCACUUCCAGAGUCCAAACCAGCUUGGAAAUUGGCAAUUGAAAACCUGGCAAAUGUACCAAAUGAUAAAAUUGAAAAGUUAGCCAGUGCCACUACUCAACGAUUUGAAAGAAUUGAAGGAAUGAUGGACCAACUCACCAAUAUGUACAGGAAUGUUAACGUCCAAAUAGGGCAAAUAGCUAAUGCAGUUAACAAUCGCAACCAAGGAGAUUCACCUAGCAAGACUGAGGUGAACCCAAGGGAGCAUGUUAAGUCCAUAACCCUCCGAAGUGCUAAAGAAGUGGGUGAGCCACUUGUAGUUGAAAAUGUGAGAAAACAUGAAAGAAAGGAUAACAAACAGUUGAGUGAGUUGGAAGUUAAUAACAAGUCAAUAGAAGGGAAAGACAAGGUGGAAGGAAGUGAGCCACAAAUUAAUGAGACAACACAAAUUCCUCCACCAGUGCCAUUCCCGCAAAGAUUGAAGCCUUCAAGAAAUGACAAAGAAUUUGAGAAGUUUGUCAACAUUUUCAAACAAUUACAUAUUAACAUUCCUUUUGUUGAUGCUAUUUUACAGAUUCCUUCAUACGCAAAGUUUCUCAAAGAGAUAAUGACUAAGAAAAGGAGGUUAGUAGAUAGUGAGACAAUUGCAUUAACGGAAGAAUGUAGUGCCAUCAUACAAAACAAAUUGCCACCAAAGUUGAAAGAUCCAGAGAGUUUCACAAUUCCUUGCAUUAUUGGUAAUGUAGAAUUCUCUAAAGCACUUUGUGAUCUUGGUGCGAGUGUGUCAUUGAUCCCUUUAACUGUGGCGAGGCAAUUGGGGUUGAAAGAAUUAAAAUAUACUAACAUUUUUUUACAAUUGGCUGACAGGUCUAUUAGACAUCCAAUGGGCAUUUUGGAGAAUGUGUUUAUUAAAGUACAGAAAUUCAUUAUUCCUGUUGAUUUUGUUGUUUUAGAUAUGGAGGAAGAUGUCAAUGUACCUAUUAUACUUGGUAGACCAUUUCUGGCCACUACAGGUACAAUAAUAGAUGUUAAACGUGGUAAGUUCAAGUUCCAAAUUGGUGAAGAGGAACUGGAGUUUGAUCUAAGUAAAGUGGAGAAGUAUCUCUCUUUUACCGACCAUGUUUAUUCUAUUGACAUAUGUGAUGAAUUGACAUUAGAGAUGAGUCAAGUUAAUCUUGAUAAUGAUUCUCUUGAACUUUGUCUUAAUGGUGUAGGCUUACAAGAGGAACAAGUUGAAUAA